AUGUUCCGUCAAGUCUUGGUCGACCAACGUCAUAGAAAACGGCAAAAAAUUCUUUGGCGUGAGGCUUCAGACGUUCCUCUACAAAUAUACGAAUUGACAACGGUGACGUAUGGAAUGGCUUGUAGUCCAUUCAAUGCGGUACGAGCGCUGCAUCAAUGUGCGCAGGAUAAUUGUAAGGCCAUCAGUGAACCCAGCCGAGCUGCCGCAGCGCAACAUAGCAUCCUUUAUAAUUUUUACGUGGACGACUAUCUGGACAGUGUCGAUACGUCCGAACUAGCAAUCACGCGGGCACAAGGUGUGGAGACCAUCUUGAAGCAAGGUCAAUUUGUGUUGGGGAAAUGGAACUCCAACUGCUCACACACGCUUGCUACCAUCACUGGUUCGACAAUGUCUGCAUCCGAGCUGGAGUUGAACUAUUCAGCGACGAAGGUACUAGGUUUGCAUUGGGAUCCGUUGCAUGACGAGCUCUUCUUCACGAUACGGGGGUUCGACGAGUCAGCGAUGCCUACCAAACGGACAGUGCUUAGCGACGUAGCUACAUUGUAUGAUCCGACUGGCUUAUUGGCACCAGUUGUCAUUGUGGCAAAACUCUUUAUCCAGGAUCUGUGGAAGGCGGGAUUGCAGUGGGACUCGGCACUGCCACCGGACCUGCUCAAUGCUUGGUUAAUAUUCCGCAACGGGUUAGCGGACAUUUCACGACUUCGUGUUCCACGUUGGCUAGGCAUGCGUGCCGAUUCGAUGGUGAGGCUCCAUGGUUUCUGUGAUGCUAGUCGUAAGGCAUAUGCAGCUGCGGUGUAUGUCCAGACGGUGGAUCACAAUGGUAAUUCAGGUGCAGUUCUGGUUGCUGCAAAGACGAAGGUCGCUCCGGUCAAGGAAGUGACCAUACCACGCCUUGAGCUAUGUGGUGCCCACCUACUUACAAUCACUAUGAACCACGUCCGCAAGGCUCUUGACCUACCAGAUGUCCCUUGCAUAUAUUGGUGCGAUUCAAAUGUUGUAUUAUGCUGGAUCCGCAAGGCACCUUCAGCUUUCAAACAGUACGUUUCGAAUCGAGUCGCUUUCAUCCAGGCCAAUUCGGAUGUAAAUUCCUGGAACCACAUCCGAUCGGAGCUUAAUCCGGCGGAUUGCGCAAGCAGAGGCUUGUCGCCAUCUGGUCUGGAAAGUCAUCGACUUUGGUGGGCCGGACCGGCAUGCAUCCAUCAACACACAACCGUAGGAUCGGAACCAGUUACGAUGACGGAGGAAGAUCAGCACAUUUUUAGAUCCGCAUCUCGCCCUGUGUAUACUAGCUAG